AUGGGGAUCGCAAGUGAGCACCAUGCCUAUGCAGACGAUAGCGCCACCGCCAAUGCGGAUGCUGGCGCUGUCAACGAACCACUGGUGUUGGACCUUGGAGCAAUCUACGACGGAUAUGAUAAAAACAACCACAAUGGCCAAAGGCCCAUGACAUCGUUGCGCAACCCAGAGCCAACCGUAAUUCGCAGUUCCGCCGACUCUGUCAUAUCGUACGAAUCCUCGGCUCCGUCAAUUGCAACUCAGCAACUUGGGCCGCUGCAGCAGAAAGUUCUCGAUGAUGACGAUCGCCUCUCGCCAUUGCUGGAGGACGAUCCUGGGUCCUUCGAUCUCGUUGCCCCAGUUGAGAAUGAGAAGAAGCAAGCCUCACUAGAAGACGAGUCAGAACGCUUGUUCUCCAAGCAGCAUUUGCAGGCCAUUUUCAACGAUACUCCUUCAUUACUCCGCUUCACAUCUUUCCUCAGCACCACACGGCCGCAGUCGAUACCGAUCCUCAUCUACUACCUCGAUGCGCUGAAGGCUCUACGGGCUAUCAAUUACGCCAAUGCUGUGGCAGAAGCUCUGGAACCGAUUGAGAAGCUCGAGUUCACAGACACCCCAGCAAGGGCCACGGUCAAUGCGGUCUUGGAGGAGAAAGCAAACAAGGCUUUCGACGUCUUGGUCAGGGACGACCUGCCAGCUUUUAUCACACAUGUCUUCACCCAAGUCGCAAGCGUCAGCAUAGCGAAACGGGUCACUGGCAACCUGCCUCCGAUGCUGCGGGAAGCCAGCGAGGGAUUGGCGGAAGUCUUCUGCUUGACGGAUCCCUCAAGGACAGACAACCCAAUCAUCUUUGCUUCGGAAGAAUUCCACCGCACUACACAGUAUGGCGUCGGCUACGCAAUUGGCCGAAACUGCCGUUUCCUUCAGGGCCCGAAGACGAACAAGUCCAGUGUUGCUCGCUUCAAGGAGAUGAUCACUUCGUGGCAGGGAGCGGACAGCCGCCGCGAUGGCUCCCCAUUCAUGAACCUUCUGAUGACAGCACCCCUUUUCGACUCGCGCGGCACUCUGCGCUACUUCAUCGGCGCGCAGAUUGACGUCUCGGGCUUGGUCAAGGAUGGCACCGAACUCGAGGCCUUCCAGCGCAUGCGCGAGCAGCAGCAGAGUGGAGAAACGCAUGAGGAGCCCAAAGACGAGUUCCAGGAGCUCAGCAAGAUGUUCAACAACACUGAGCUAGACAUUGUGCGCAAGCACGGUGGUAACAUGCACAGAGAGGUUGUGCAGGAACAGGACGACAACAGCACGAUCCAGAGCCGGCCGAGGAGCACCUUUGACCACGUAGAGACGGGCCAGAAAUCGAACCCGAAUGCGGAUGGGAAGUUGAGUGGACCGUACAAACAUUAUCUCCUCGUCCGCCCCGCGCCUUCCCUUCGAAUCCUCUUCUCCUCCCCGUCACUGCGCGUCCCAGGAAUCCUGCAAUCGCCUUUCCUCGACCGCAUCGGUGGUAGUACCCGAGUGCGCGCCUCGGUCGGCAACGCCCUGGCCGACGGCACGCGCGGUGUGACUGCAAAGAUCCGCUGGCUGUCUCGCGCGGUCCCGAACCUCGAGGAGUCGUACGAAGAAGGCCGGCCGCGCUGGAUCCACUGCACACCCCUCCUCGGCUCAUCAGGCUCGGUCGGCGUGUGGAUGGUCGUCCUCGUCGACGAGGACAGACACAUGGCCCCCUCGCGCCGCUUCCGCCAGGCGCCGCCAAUUGCGAGCGACGUGCGCAACGGAAGGGGUGGCGGCGGCGCAAACAGAUACGAUGAAUACGACGACCAGGAAUACGGAGGCGGGUAUGUGUCGCGAGCGGCUUCGCGCGGAGAGAUGUAUGGCCCAGGGGCUGUGCGACAUGUCGCUGUCGAUACGCUUCGCCAGCCGCAGAGCCCGCGCAGCAAUGCGUCGAUGCAUGAUCAGCGCGCAAUGCGGUCGCCGAGUGCGUCGCUCCGGAACUAUAUGAAUGGUGGACACAACGGAAGCACCGACACGUUCGACAUAUGA